AUGGACGGGGGAGGCAAUGUUCGUGUCGUUGUCCGAGUGCGGGCGUUUCUGCCCAGAGAAAUCGAGCGUGGUGCCGAGUGCCUAGUGGAGAUGGACCCCAUCACCCAGCAAACGACGCUUCUCGUGCCCAACGACAGCGACCCUGCGAACGCGAAAGCAAAGACGAGAAAGGUUAUCGAAGAAAAGAAUUUUACAUUCGACAAUUCUUUCUGGAGUCAUGAUCUCAGCGACAAGUAUUAUGCCCACCAGGAAGACGUCUACAACAGUCUGGGCGAGGAAUUCCUUGACCACAACUUUGAGGGCUAUCACACAUGCAUCUUCGCCUACGGUCAAACAGGUUCCGGAAAGAGUUAUACGAUGAUGGGAACACCAGACCAGCCGGGCUUGAUUCCUCGAACGUGCGAGGAUCUCUUCGAGCGAAUCGAAUCUGCGCAAAACGAGACGCCCAACAUUUCCUACAACGUCAGGGUGUCAUACUUUGAGGUCUACAAUGAGCACGUCCGGGACCUGCUUGUCCCGGUUGUGGCUAACCAGCCGCCGUACUAUCUCAAAAUCAGGGAGUCGCCAACGGAAGGACCGUACGUCAAGGAUCUGACCGAGGUUCCUGUCCGCAAUCUCAAUGAGAUUUUGCGAUACAUGACGAUGGGAGACAGGUCGAGAACCGUGGCCAGCACCAGAAUGAACGACACGAGUAGUCGCAGUCACGCGGUAUUCACAAUCAUGCUCAAGCAGAUCCACCAUGACAUGGAAACGGACGAGACGACGGAGAGAAGUUCGCGUAUCCGCCUGGUCGAUCUGGCUGGCAGCGAACGUGCCAAGGCGACCGAGGCAACAGGCCAGCGGCUUCGCGAAGGCAGCAACAUCAACAAGUCGCUGACGACCCUUGGCCGAGUGAUAGGAGCGCUCGCCGAUGCCAAGGCGGGUUCGAGAAAGCGUAGCAAAGACGUCGUGCCGUACCGAGACUCAAUUCUCACGUGGCUGUUGAAGGAUUCGCUGGGAGGCAACAGUAAAACGGCAAUGAUUGCUUGCAUCGCGCCGUCGGAUUACGAGGAGACUCUGUCGACGCUUCGCUACGCAGAUCAAGCCAAGCGCAUCCGCACGCGCGCGGUUGUCAACCAAGACCAGAUCUCGUCAGCGGAGCGCGAUGCCCAAAUCGCAGCUAUGGCGGACGAGAUCCGAGCCCUUCAGCUGUCAGUGUCGGAAUCGCGCCGGCGGGAGAAGGAUACCAAGGACCAGGAGGAAAAGCUCGAAGAGUACCAGAACCACGUGGCUACGAUGCAGCGCAUGAUGGAGGAGCGCAGUCUCGUCGCCGAGGGCAAAAUUCGUAGCCUGCAGACAGAGAACGAGGCCUUGCGGCUGCAUCUCAAGCUCGCGCUCGAGAGUCUCAAGAACCCGAUCCCGGCCGUCACGAUCAAGCCGCCGGAGGCCGAGGAAGUGGAGGACGAGGCUCAGAGGGCCAGGUCGGCGGGUCUCGAGGGCAAGGAGGAGAAUGGCGAGGACGCCGAGUCAUUGUACGACGACUCGGACGACACGGCGUACGACUCGGACGUUAUGGAGGAUAAUGCCAGCGACAUGCAGGAGUACAUGCGCAGUCUGCUGAGCGAUCUGGGCAUGUUCCGAAGGAAGAUUGGAGACGACAAAGAACGCUGGGUCGGCGAGGCGCCAUCUGCAGGAAGCAAGAUGAACUUCUAA